AUGUUUGGUUUCGGGUCUCGAAAUGAAUUCAUUGUCGAGGGGAAGACAGUGGUCAUCACCGGCGGCUCUGAUGGCAUGGGCAAAGCUGUUGCAGUUCAACUCGCCGCGAAAGGCGCAAACGUGAUAGUAGUUGCACGCACAGUCUCCAAACUCGAGGCUACAGUUGAGGAAUUGAAGGCCAAUGCGGCAAACAUUGUCAAGCAGAGAUUCCAUUACAUCAGCGCCGACCUUACAGAUCCCCUUGAAUGUGAGCGAAUCAUCGCAGAGGCCACUACUUGGAACUCUGGGGCUGCGCCCGAUAUCGUUUGGUGCUGUGCAGGUUUCUCCCGCCCGGGAUUUUUUAUUGAUGUGCCCAUCCAAGAGCACAAGCAGCAGAUGGACACCAUCUAUUGGACUGCAGCCAAUACAGCCCAUGCCACACUCCGCAACUGGCUCGCCCCUGUUCAGCCAAGUGGACAGAUGAAAUUUCCUCGGAGACACCUUAUUUUUACCUGCUCCACUCUUGCAUUCGUUCCUGUCGCUGGUUAUUCGCCAUACUCGUCUGCUAAGGCAGCCAUCCGUUCGCUAUCCGACUCUCUGAGCCAAGAAAUCGAGAUGUACAAUGGCGCUUUCUCUCAGCGACACCGCAAUAACGCACCGGCUGCGGAUGUCAAGAUCCACACUAUCUUCCCCAUGGGAAUCUCCAGCCCUGGCUUUGAAAACGAGAACAAAAUUAAGCCUGAAUUGACCAAGAAACUGGAGGAAGCCGACAAGCCCCAGACCCCUGCGCAGGUCGCAGAGAUUUCGAUCAAUGCUUUGGAGCGUGGGGAGUAUCUCAUCACGACCAACCUCAUUGGUGCAUUCAUGAAAGGCACUUCUCUUGGACCCAGCCCCAGAAACAGCAUUGUCGGCGAUACCCUGCUUAGCUGGCUCAGCAACCUGGUCUUCCUCCAGGUCAUCCCGGAUCUUCGAAGCAAGGCAUUCACUUGGGGAAAGAAGAACGGUAUACCGGAAAGUUCCCCACGAUCAUAA